AUCAUCUCCACCCUCCUCUCCUUUCUUCUCACUCACCUCCUGUUCCUCCCUGCUGCUGAUGCUCCUUUCCCGCACAUCAACAGUCCACGGCCCCGCCAGCCGCUGCUGCGCUCCUCUCUCCCUUUUUUCUCUUCUUCCAUGAUCUCCAUCCCUCUUCCUCCCUCUUCCCCGGGCUGCGUCUCUGCCCGCCGGCGCUGCAUCAUCUGCAUCCCUAACAUGGGAGAACAAAGCUGUCCUUCUUCCAUCUAGACGCGGAAAGUCGCACCUCACAGAGCCAAGACGGGGGGCACAAUGAGUGAGGAGCCGCCGGUCUCCCCGAGCUGGUUGAGCCCUGAUCCCACAGAAUGGGCCAGCGGGGGACCGAUGGACAACAGCACCAGCUUGGGGAUGUUCCCAGUGGAGGACUCCCCCCUGCCGCCCAGCCAGCUGCCGCUACUGGUUAACCCUUGGGACAUCGUGCUGUGCUCGUCAGGGACUCUCAUUGCCUGUGAGAACGCCUUGGUAGUGCUGGUGAUCUGGCAGAACCCUGCGCUCAGAGCUCCCAUGUUUCUUCUAAUCGGCAGCCUGGCUCUGGCAGACCUGCUGGCCGGCCUAGGCCUGGUUCUUCACUUCACCUGUGCCUACUUACUCCGCUCUGAAUCAGCCCAGUUGCUGACGGUGGGUCUGGUGGUGGCGUCCUUCUCUGCCUCCGUGUUCAGCCUGCUUGCUAUCACCAUCGACCGCUACCUGUCGCUAUACUACGCCCUGACCUAUAACUCGGAGCGGACAGCGGCCUUCACCUACACGAUGCUGCUGCUGCUGUGGGGUCUCUCCCUGUGUCUCGGCCUGCUGCCAGUCACCGGGGUCAACUGUCUGGAUGAGCAGUCCACCUGCAGUGUGGUGCGGCCACUGACGAAGAACAACAUCGCAGUUCUAUCCAUCUCCUUCCUGCUGCUGUUCGGCCUUAUGCUGCAGCUUUAUGUACAGAUCUGCAAAAUCGUGAUGCGCCACGCCCACCAGAUUGCCCUCCAGCACCAUUUCCUGGCUGCCACGCCUCACUACGUCACUACGCGGAAGGGCGUGUCGACCUUGGCCAUCAUCCUGGGGACCUUUGCAGCCUGCUGGAUGCCUUUCACCGUCUACUCCCUCAUUGCUGACUACACCUACCCUCCAUUGUAUACUUACGCCACACUGGUACCUGCCACCUACAACUCGGUCAUCAACCCGGUCAUCUACGCCUUCAGGAACCAGGAGAUCCAGAAAGCGUUGUGGCUGGUGUGCUGCGGCUGCAUUCCGACAAGCGUGGCGCACCGUGCUCGGACACCCAGCGACGUGUGACAGCUGCAGGCCAAGAUGGGACAACAUGAGGCAGCCUGGGUUAGCUCUGCUCCUCAAUGGACACAUGGGUGUCACAAGGAGGGCAGCAGAAAAGGGCUGUGGGUGCAGCUCUGUCUGGAGAUGCAACAGCCCACGGUUUCUCCCUGUCUUCCCUACUCAAGGCCAAGAAGGUGGGUUGCAUCCCACCCACUCCAGGCACGCCCCUUUCUUAUUUCUGCAGAAAGUGUAUCCUGUGGUCCAUGCAGCAACUGUGCACCUAAACCAGGCACACACUCAAAGCUCUGUAGCUUUAAUUGUUAUCAUGAUCAGAAUGAUCAUCCUGUUGUGCAGCGGCUGAGCAAAAGUCGAAGCCUGUCUGGGGCAGCCUGCAGCAGCGUCCUGCUCUGUUGCUGCUGCACUCUGGACGUGCGACGAAAGCUGAGCAGCCGCGGGGAGCUAAAAAUAGACCUGAUGCUCUCUGAUCCGCUCCACAGACGCCGGGGAAGAAAUCUAGCCUGUAUUUCUCCCUGCCUCACCCCCCCUCCCCACUUUCUCUCCUCUGGCUGUAGAUGCGUGAACGCACCAAAAGAAGAAAAGGCUCCAACCAGACCUGCCAUAGCAUCACCAGUCUUCUGCAUUACUGUUUCUAUAUAUACCAAACCAAAAACAAGCCAAUCAGAUUAUCUCAUAAUGCUUCUCAUUAUUACAUUUGAAAUAUUAAAACACUAAUUUCAAAUCCCCUCAUCCAA